UAUUACACAUGUAAAGCGACGACCGAUGAAAUUGCAAAUCUCUCAAUUAUUGGUUCGAGAUAACGUCGUAUUUUCAUUUAUAAUUAUCAACGUCUCUCUGAACUGAACUAUUAUCCGCGGGAUUAAAUUAGAUUGGAUUUGUGUGUUUGUAGGUUAUGGAACUUUAUUAAGUGUGACAAUUUGUAUCAUUUAAGAUAACUUGAAAGAAUAUACAUGUAUGAAGACUAGAGGGAUUGAAGCUUUCGAAAAUUACUAGACGAAAGAAGAAAAAAACAACAGAAAAAUUUAACAAAACACGUGUAACAAAACAAGUUGACAUUAAGAAAAGGACAAAACUUUUUCUUUGUACGAGGAAAGAAAAGACUAAUGUCAUGUCCAUUGAGAACUUUGCUGCAAAAUGGCGGCUCCAGACUUACGGGAGUGAAGUGAAAACUGUUGCAGACUACAUUGCACUCCGACGUCGGAUGGGUCGUCUAAGGGUAACAACUCAUAAACCUGUUGAUGACGAAGACGACGAUGGCUGUCUCAGAUGUUAUACUGUGUGGGAUCUGUGAUGCCCAGCAUGUUUCUAACGGUGCUGAUUACUGGUGCCCUGAAUGUGAUGAAGGUCUGUGUUCGCCCUGUAAAAAUUAUCAUGGCGUUUCAAAAGCAUCGAGGCAACAUGGAAUUAUUUCUACCGACGACUACAAGAAACUUCCGGCUGAGAUAUGUAAAAUUGAACAGAACUGUACAGAGCACGACAAGAAAUUCAAAAUGUUUUGUCCAGGUCAUGAUAAACUUUGUUGUAUAAUUUGCAUAUCCGAAAAACACAAAGAAUGCACUGGAAUGUUUCUAAUUGACGAAGCCAUUAAGUCAUCAAGAUCUUCCACUUUUUUUGGCAGCUUGGAGAUGUCUCUGAAAGAUAUUCAAGAAAACAUUGAAAGAGUAUUAAAAGACAGGAAAGCCAAUCUUGUGGAAGUAAAACAACAGCAUUUUAAAAGUUUAAAGGAUAUAAAAGAAACAAGACAAAAAUUAAAUUCCCGCUUAGAUGAAUUAGAGAAAAACAUAAAAGACGAUUUGAAUUCAACUGAAACACAACUUAAACUCAAAAUUGAAACCCUCCUUAAUAAGUUAUCCACAAAACUAAAAACAAUUGAGCUUUUGAAGACAAAUCUUAUGUCCGUCAAACAACUAGGAUCCGAUCUGCAGGCUUUCAUUGGCAGCAAAAUGUUAGAAAAAGACGUCACUAAGGAGUUAAAUUACGUACAAAACAUAUCAGAAGAGGAUGGAUUUAGCCAACUUGGUUUAAAGUGCCGGCUAGGCGUUGAGAUCACAGAAAUUUUAUCCAAGGUUAUUGCGUUCGGAUCCAUAACAAUUGAAAAAAGCCCAUCGUCAACUAUUAUUAGCGUAGACAAAGAAAAGCAGGCUCAGAUUUUCACAGUUGUGCCACCUCGUAUUAGAUCGGUUGAUGAUAUUACUGCUUCUUUGAUAGCCGAUUUCAAGGUUCCAGUAGAAAAAAGAAAUCAAUUCGUAACAGGUUCAUCUGUCUUUCCUGAUGGAAGGAUGAUAUUUUCGGACUGCUUUACUCAUAACAGAUUAGUUAUCGUACAUAGUAAUGUAAUUUUAGGUACUGAAAUAUCUCUUUCACCUCUAACUCCGUUUGAUGUGACAUGCAUCGACGACAAUACUGUAGCAGUUACAACGUAUGACAACGAUGAAAUUAUAGUUGUGGACACAAAGAACAAACAAGUUACCAAAACAAUCAAAACAGGAGCUUGUCGAGGUAUAACGUACAGACACGGGCAGAUUAUAUACUGUGAAAAAGGGAAAGGGAUCGUAGCGAUACAACUGUCAAACUAUAAAGUAUGUACACUAGUGGAAGAUUGCACCAUGGAAAAUGAUUUGAGUUAUAUUAAAACCGUUGAAAAGAACAUUUAUUAUACAGGUAAUGCCAAUACAGUCAAAUGUUACAGUAUAAAGGGAGAAAAACUUUGGGAAUACAAAAACGAGUCAUUUCUGUUAAGUCCUUGUGGUAUAGCUGUUGAUCAAUGCGGCAUCAUUUACGUUAUUUCAAAUGAUAAUACAAGUGCCGUUUUGAUAUCACCAGAUGGCAAAAAUGGCAGAACAUUACUAGCUGCAAGAGAUGGAAUAGGUCCAUCAUACGGAAUUAAUUUUUUACAUAAAAACAAAUUGAAUGUUAUAAGUCAUAGUGGACGUGUCCUCCAAUUUGAUAUUGCAUAAUGUAUUGUCAAAGAAUUCUAAGUAGGAAGUUAGUUUUCAUUGUUCAUGAAAAAUGUUUAGUUCAUAGAUUUAGUGAUAUUGAGGAAUUGAUUAAUGGGUCAAUUUUAUAUUGUUUGAUAUGUGUAUGAUAUUGCUUUCUCGAAACCUUAUAGAAACAUUGAAGAGCUGACUGACAAAACUGAAUAAGACCGAAAGUAAUGCAAAACCCGGACAAGCUAUGCAGACUAGAGAUACAUUCUUCAAUUCAAAAUGAUAUUCAAAUGUAAUAACAACAACUUUAAAGCAAUUGUCAAUUUCAAAAUUCUAAUAAGGAUUGUUAUUGUUUUUAUCAUAUUAAAAU